CAAGUGCUUGACGAUACACUGGACGAAAUGUUAAAUCAAAAGUGAUUUCAAGCGAUUGUAAGCAAGUUUAGAUAUCAGUCAUCUCAUAUAGAGGAUUCUUAUGUAUAAAACUUCAUCCACAGUAGCAAUUAUAUAAUUUCAUACUCGGAUUAGCUGAAAUAAACUGUUUUAGACAUUUCAAAUUGAUCGAUUACUUUUAUCAGAUAUCCAAAAUGGCGGCGCUCGCUCGGAUCGGCCGACUGGUAUCUCGCCAAUUUUUAGUAAAUAAACACUUACCUGCUUCGCUAACAACACGGACAUAUUGGAACAAAGACUGGAAGCCAGGUCCUUAUCCCAAAACCCAAGCAGAAAGAGAAGCAGCAGCAAAGAAAUAUGGACUACGUAUAGAAGAUUAUGAACCAUAUCCUGAUGAUGGUAUGGGAUAUGGAGAUUAUCCUAAAUUGCCAGUUGCUUCGUAUGAUAAUAGGUCAGAUUAUGAAGCAUGGGAUAUUCCUGAGCAGAAGAGGAACUUUGGAGAGCCUCUUCAUGCAGAUUGGGAUGCCUACACUGGUGACAGACUAAAUACAGACAUGAGACAAAGAUUUUCAUGGACUUCUAGAUUUGUUUGGUUUAUUGCUGUUAUGGGCUCAAUCACCGCAAUUUACAUACAUGGCCUUUCUUAUCCUAUCUUUCACCCAGUGAUGCCAAAACAAUAUCCUUUCAAAGGAGAAGCACACUACACAUUUGAACCUGUAGAUGAUUAACACCAACAGAUCUAGGACAAUAAAUUAUUAUGAACUUUUGAAAAAUGUAUCUCCAUUUUCUAAAAACUUGUAGAAUUAUGAGUGGUUGUUAAGUAUGCAGAUUUAGUAUAAAGCAUAUAUGCAGGUUUCAUGGACAUUAAACAUGUUAAAACAGGGGUAAUGCUCAGUCUGAAAUCUUUGUUGCAAAAUGAUUCUAUGUUCUAUGCAUGAAUCAAUAAAAUUCCAACAUUUGAUAUAGCUCUAAAUGCCUAUAGGUAUAUUUGUCUGUAACAGUUGUAAUAUCCUUACUGUACAAAGUUAAGACAAGAAAUAUAAAUAUUAUACAUAUAAA